GCUCGUGGUUAGUUUAAUAAAUCACGUGAAACUGCACGUACACAACUGAUAAACGGAACGUUUCAAUUUUUCUUUCGACGAGUGGGUCAUUCAACGAAGGGGGAACGUGCAUGCAAGAGCGUAUCUCUUUGUUCGUGUACGAAAAACGCUGGUGACACGCGAUUCUGAUUUUUAUAUCAUCGAUGUUUCAUUCGGAUAACUCUUCAUCUACGUGACUUCUUAUUCUUCUUCUUGUUGCUAAAAAUCUGUGAAAACAAUGAGCAACAAUACCGGAGCUUCUCGUUGGUUUCUCGUUAAAAGAUAAAAAUAUUCAGCGAAUUCAGAGGUGUAUCGUUUCGUACAAGGAACUCUUUUACCCUCCUUAGAAACUGAGCUCGAAGGAGUUGUCGGAUCUCGUCGUCCAAUUGGUCGAGAUCGAUGAAGUGAAGGAAAACAUUUCCAAGAAAGCACUUGGAAAACGAAAAUCGUGUAACUUGUUGCGAAAGGGUCUGCCUUGACCGCGUGGAGAGGUAAGGGUGGAGGGGGUAAUAUCCACCCUCCUCUCUAAGGGCGGUCGUUGCAGGUCGUAUAAAGCGGCUACGACAAUUAUCCUGAUCAUUGAAGUCCUUGGACCUGGUAGCGUUGUUAUCGAGAAAUUUCCGGAAAAGUUCGCAAUGGGUAUCCAUCAGAACGAGAGGAAACAGAAGAUGGAUCAUAGUUCGACGGAUGUCGAGAGAGUCGAGAGAAACGAGAAAUGUUUCGACGGCGUCGCGGAGAUCCCGGAAUUUCGGGAACAAAUCGACGUAGAUAGGGAGUACCAAGAUUUCCCGGAGGAGAAAAUUUGGACGCCGCAGGAGGAAGUGAACGAAUGGGUUCCCUUCUACGUCUUUAUGGCUCGUUCGGUAUUGACUUUCGUCCAAGAGAGGCGAGGAAUUUCCAACCGGGAAGCAAUGGAGAAUUCGUGCACCGGUUAUGCGGAACAAUACAUCACCGAUGUUCUCCACGACUCGGAGUAUUCGGCGGAUACGGCCCUGAGGACCUUGUUCACGAAGGAACUACCACGAAAAUUGUGCGCAAGGUGGACAUCGACCGAUAUCGAGCUUUUCAUCAAGGGUAUCACCAAACAUGGCAAGAAUUUCUCAAACAUACGGAAGGAUUUGUUGCCGGAAAAGGACACGAAAGACUUGGUGGACUUUUACUAUGCAUGGAAAUGGUCCGAACCAGCGAAGAAACUAAGGAAUUGUCGACAUCAGCGUCGUACGAAGGGCAAACAACGUUUCCCAUCGAUCAGCUGUAUUUUUGGCGGAUUGGCGUCCUCGAAAAUAGUAACCCGUAGCGUGGCAGCCAAAUUGUCUCUCGAAAGUAAAGAGGAAUCCAAUGAGGCUAUUCAAAACGUACUAUUACACGAUAUCACGAGUAUCACUAACUCGAACGAGGAUUCAGUAGAUAAGGGGAGCAGCAAAAUUAGAAGACACUCUUCUAAAGUAUUAUCCAAUAUAGAAAGCCCCGAGAGGCGAAGAAAAUUAAAAGAAAAUUCCAACAGUGUUGGUCGAAAGAGAAGACGAAACGGUACAUUUAUCAUUUGAUAAUUGAUUAACACUGUUGGACCGUGAUACAUAGUUUAAGAUUGUUGUAAUUUAAUUUUAAUUGACAAAGAGGAAGUAAAAUCUAUUUGUAAUUAUAAUAUUUGAGAUAUUAUAAAAUAUUUAGGCGUAAGAGUUAUCUCAGAAAUAGUGAUUAAUUGUUUCGUACUUUGUGUAAAUUAUAUGUAUUUAAUUAUUUCAUUUUUGUACUCGUAAUAGUUCCUAAUGUGCAAUACGCGAUCGUAUUUUUUAUAAGUG